GGCGCCUGAAUGUGAAAAACAAGGAGAUUGAUGAGAUGAUAAAGGAGGCACCUGGCUCAAUCAACUUCACCGUGUUCCUCACCAUGUUUGGCGAGAAACUCAAGGGUGCCGACCCGGAGGAGACGAUCCUCAACGCUUUCAAGGUGUUUGAUCCAGAGGGGAAAGGCCUGAAGUCUGCUUACAUCAAAGAAAUGCUGAUGACGCAGGGCGAGAGAUUUUCCCAGGAAGAGAUCGAUCAGAUGUUUGCAGCCUUCCCUCCAGACAUGUCUGGCAACCUGGAUUACAAAAACCUCGUCCACAUCAUUACGCACGGCGAAGAGAAGGACUAG